CUGGGGAAGAAAAGUAGUGCCUGGAGGGUAGAUUAUUCUAUUUUAAUUGGGUGUUUGAAUAAAAGUCGUACCACUAUCAUCCCAAAUGAGUAAAUGCUACGUGUUUCUUUCAUCUCACAUGAGCUGAAUUGGUAAUUGACUUGGGGGUUGGGAGCUCAUUUGUUUUUUGUUUGCUUUGUUUUUGUUUUCCACCAUCUUUUAUAUCCGGUACUGAUUUCUCUUGCUGAUAAUUCGAACACCCUGUAAAGAAUCACCACCAUUUUCUUCUUCUUCAUCCUCUUAUUGCUUUCAGUUUUAAGCCCCGUGGGGACUGGGGACCUGAAGUUUGUUGGUCUGGUCAUCUGCACAUGCCCACAAUCAAACUAGGAAGACCCUUUAUUAGGAGAGAUUAAAGAUGGCCAGAGUGAUACAUUGUGGAUUUGCACUUGUUGUUACAUUUAAUUGCUUGCUGACCCUUGCAGUCACUCGUGUCACUGACCCUACUGAAGAAUUUGUCUGUUGGCAGUCUCGGCUUUGAUAUCAGUGAAGAGUAGCUUAAAUGAUGGCAUGAAGAUGCUUAAUGAUUGGAAGAAGGGUGAUCCAUGCACCUCAAACUGGACUGGUAUUAUUUGCUCUGAUGUAAUUAGAGAUGGUGACUAUUUUCAUAUCAGGGAGAUCCAUCUAAUGAAUAUGAAUCUCUCUGGAAGCUUAGCACCUGAGCUUGGACAGCUAUCUCAUCUUCAAAUUUUAAAUUUUAUGUGGAAUCAAUUAACUGGUAGUAUACCAAAGGAGAUAGGAAACAUCAAAUCUUUGACGCUAUUGCUUCUAAAUGGCAAUCAGUUAUCUGGGCCUUUGCCAGAUGAGCUUGGCUAUCUUCCUAUGUUAAAUAGAUUUCAGAUGGACCAAAACCAGAUAUCGGGAGUGAUACCAAAAUCCUUUUCAUAUCUAAAAAAUAUGAGGCAUAUCCACUUCAACAACAACUCACUCAGUGGUCAAAUCCCUCCAGAGUUGUCCAAUAUAUCAACUGUUAUUCACUUGCUUUUGGACAAUAAUAACCUGUCAGGAUAUCUUCCACCAGAGCUAUCACAAUUGCCCAUGUUGCGGAUACUUCAACUCGAUAAUAAUAAUUUCAGUGGUUCUGAGAUUCCAACUUCGUAUGGGAACAUGUCUAACCUAGUUAAGCUGAGUCUAAGGAAUUGUAGCUUGCAGGGGAGGAUCCCUGAUCUUAGCAGAGUGCAUAACCUAAGCUAUAUAGAUCUCAGCUGGAAUCACCUCUCAGGACCUAUACCGUUGCAAAAGCUCUCUAACAAUAUGACAAACAUUAUUUUGUCAAACAAUCAUCUUAAUGGAUCUAUCCCUGAGAGUUUCUCGAACCUUCCAGCUCUCCAGAGAUUGUCACUUGACAACAACUUUUUGAAUGGCUCGUUUUCCACUGACAUUUGGAAAUUGAAGUCCUUUCGCACUAAUUUCCAGCUCUUGAUUGAUCUUCAGAAUAAUUCACUUUUGAACAUUUUAGGAGAUCUUGAUCCUCCAGUCAAUGUUAGUCUAAGGCUUGAAGGGAAUCCCAUCUGCAGUAACACCAGUGUGAGAAAUAUUGGCCAAUUUUGUAAACGUGGGAAAAAUGGAGAUCUAAAUACUUUGUCAAAUCCAGCUGUUGCAUGCCCUGUCAAAGCUUGCCCAACUGACUACUAUGAAUAUGUCCCUGCAUCACCCACCCCAUGCUUUUGUGCCUCGCCUAUAAGAAUUGGAUAUCGACUGAAAAGUCCUAGCUUUUCUCACAUCCGUCCAUACAUUGAACAAUUUGAGUUGUAUGUGACCAGUGCUCUACUUCUUGAACCUUAUCAAUUGCUCAUUGAUUCACAACGCUGGGAAGAAGGCCCUCGCCUCAGGAUGUAUUUGAAACUUUUCCCCGUGGUUGGUGUCAACCACACAUUUAAUGAAAGUGAGGUGCUUCGUAUCCGUGACAUUUUUGGAGAUUGGCGUUUUGCUGGUAGUGACUUUUUUGGACCUUAUGAACUUCUUAACUUCACUCUUCUUGGGCCAUAUUCAUAUCUCCAGUUUGCUUCUCAGGGCGAAGUUACAAGAAAGGGUGUGCUUAUAGGUUGUAUUGCUGCUGCUUCUAUUUUUACUGCAAUAAUUUCUAUGAUUGCCACUUUUAUAAUUAUAAGACGGCGUGCUAGAUAUGAAAGAACCUUCUCAAGGAUAAACUUAUUCUCAAAUCCUUAUAUCAAAAUUGGCGGUGUUAAGAGCUUCAGCUUUAAACAAAUGGCAUUGGCGACUCAUAAUUUUGAUAGCUCAACUCAAGUAGGUGAAGGUGGAUAUGGGAAAGUUUAUAGGGGGGAUUUAGCUGACAAAUCCAUUGUAGCCAUCAAGAGAGUAAAAGAAGGUUCCUUACAAGGUCAAAAGGAAUUCUUGACAGAAAUUGAGUUUUUGUCAAGGUUACAUCACCGCAACUUAGUUUCACUGGCUGGAUAUUGUGAUGAAGAGGGGGAGCAGAUGCUGGUUUAUGAGUUUAUGCCCAAUGGCACACUGCAAGAAUGGCUUUCUGCUAAAUGCAAUCAAACUUUGAUGUUUCGAGCAAGAUUACAUAUAGCGCUUGGUGCAGCAAAGGGUAUUCUAUACCUCCACACGGAAGUUUACCCUCCAAUAUUCCACAGAGAUAUUAAAGCUAGUAACAUACUCCUAGACUCUACACUCACUGCUAAAGUUGCUGAUUUUGGUUUGUCACGGCUUGCCCCUGUCCUAAAUGAUGAAGGGAUGUUACCCAACCAUGUAUCCACCAUUGUCAGGGGAACACCUGGUUACCUCGACCCUGAAUAUUGCCUGACACGCAAGAUGACCGACAAAAGUGACGUGUACAGCCUUGGAGUAGUAUUUUUGGAGAUGUUGACAGGCAUGCGUCCAAUAUCGCAUGGUAAAAAUAUUGUCCGCGAGGUCAACAUGGCCCAUCAAUCUGGAAAGAUAUUCUCUAUUCUGGACAGCAGAAUGGGCCCUUACCCAUCAGAAUGUGCAGAAAGGUUUUUAGCAUUGGCACUAAAGUGUUGCCAUGACAAUCAGGUAGAAAGGCCGUGUAUGCUUGAUGUGGUCCGGGAGCUUGAGGCCAUACUUGCCAUGAUGCCAGAAGAAGAAGAUGAUUUGCCAAAAUCUAGCAAGAAGUCGGAUGGAUUGUUGUCAUCAAGAUUUUCUGAUAUCAGGAAAGAUCAUACUGGAUCCUCCGAUAUUUUAGGAAGCGAACUUAUCAGUGGUGUUACAUUCCCCAUCACACCUCGCUAACGUCUGCGUAAAUUACAAGUCUUGUACAUCCAAAUACAGGUAGAUAAUUAGGAUAGUACCACAGCUGCUGUUGUACAGUCUGCUCUUUUUGUUACACUAGAUAUAAAGAUACUACACGUGAAAAAUAAAAUACCCAAUGCAGAGUAGUAAUAUGAUGAAAGGCCAGGGGCCUUGAACUCUUGAAGCCUAAUGUUGCCCCAAGAGGAUGGACUUCAGUUUGAUACAGUACUUUGAUUCCACGGAUGUAUUGAACUUAAAAACUAGCAAUUCAUUGUUUCUUUUUUAUGGGAUCAUAAAAGGGAAAAUGAAAAACAGUGUUUUUGUAUAUGUUGUGAACACAACUUAAUUUUGUUGUGUAUGGACUAUAUGGAGUGAUAUAUUGUGAUAAUGGUAGUGUUUAGUGGCAACUGGGUGGACCCAGU